AUUUUGUGGUUUACCAAGUUAAAAGAUCGCAAAAAGUGCAAACCGGCUGUUAAACUAAAAACUUAAGAUGUCCGCCGCUGAAACUCAGGUGUCUAGUUUACCCAUGCCACCGGAGCGUUACAUCAGCAACUAUACAGAUGAAAACAUUAGGAGAAAUCGAGCACCGCGUCCUCCACCACCACCGUCGCAGCAUGAAGUUUACAGUAUGUUUGGAAUUCAGUACAACAACGACGAGAUGAUACGCUCACUAGAGUCGCAAAACAUCAAGCGUCUAAUACCCAUACACUUCGAUCGCCGCAAGGAGCUCAAGAAACUGAAUCACUCGCUGCUCGUUAACUUCUUGGAUCUAAUUGACUUUUUGAUACUAAACCCCGAUAGCCCAAGGCGCACAGAGAAAAUUGAUGACAUUAGUCUGCUCUUUGUCAAUAUGCACCACCUUUUGAAUGAGUUCCGUCCGCAUCAAGCGCGCGAGACGCUACGCGUGAUGAUGGAAAUGCAGAAGAGGCAGCGGGUAGAAACAGCUACACGUUUCCAGAAACAUCUGGAGCGUGUACGUGAUAUUGUUAAUAGUGCUUUCGCAGCACUGCCAACACUUUACGAUGACGAUGAGCAUGGUGGAGCGAAGAUCAAAAUGGAAGUUGAUCCCCUAGAAUCGAAUGUUGCAGCCAAAAAUGAUCCUAGCUAUCAGCAUGAUCGCAUGAUGUGCAAAUUGGUGGAUUCCAUUGACUGAUAGAUUGACUGGAAUAAGCGAAAUUUUACCCA